CUAAACACUACAAUUAAAAUGCCAGGAAUGAUAGAUUUGGCUAAGAGUGAUAUUGAAGACCAGCAGGCAAAACUUUUGCUCUACAGGAUCGCUGAGCAUGCUGUACAAGAGACAGCUUUUAAAUUCUUACCUGAGGAAAAUAAGAUCAGUCGAACAGUGGUUAAUAAAAAGAAAGUAUUGAAUAAAAAGGAAGCUAGAUCUUUCUUGUGCUCCUUCGUUCAAAAGCAGCUUCAUAAAGCAGGAUAUCACAACUCAAUGGUAAUCGUUGGGAAAGACUUUAACAUUUCAUUGAAGUACAAAAAGAAUACAUUGAUGAGGUUUAUUCUUCCAUGUGAUUAUAUAAUGAUGUUUUAUGAAUCUCCCAACAUCACACUUCCAAGCUUGAGGCACUCACAUACUGCUCAUAAUGAAGAAGACGAUAAAUAUGAGAUUAAAGUGAAGGCAUGCACACCAAUCUCUGUGAAGAACGAGGAGAAUAAAGGAAAGGUAGACGAUCCUAACUACACAGACAUAUCUAUCCUAGAUGUGAAAGAAUGCCAGAUUGAAGAAGUUAUCGCAAAGAAUCUAUCACAUUGAUUAAAUGAGUUCACUGAGUUAAAGAAUAAUGGAUCAACAGCUCAACUUGAUUUGUGAGAGCUACCUCAGAUGAUAUCUGGACAAGUAACAAAGAUUCUCGCUGAAAUGGAUGAUAGCAAGACUAGAGAAUAUGGAUGGCAUUUCAUUGUCUCUGAUCCAUUUAAUCCAGGAGCUGAGGUUUUCCAUAUUAAUACCUCAGUAGAGCAUUAUUAUAACCAAAGUAUUGAAGACCAGAAAGCAGGAAUAUUUAAUGUAAUUUACAGAGAAUACACUGUUGACUUCCUGCUUCCUCCAAAAAUGGCCAAGCAACAGUUCCAUAUAGUUGUAUAUAGAGUAAAUAGAGGACAUGAUUCUGCAAUUGGAUCAGCACUGAAAUCAGUGACCUCUAUAAAAUUAUUAGACCUGCUUUCAGUAUCUUCAAUUCACAAAGUCUUCUUUGUCCUCCUCGUAAUCGUUUACUUUGGUAACAGAUUUAUUUGUGGAAAAUACGAUGACAUUGAUUACUCCAAUGUUCCUGAAGACCAUCAGAUUGGAACUAUAGAAAAUUUAUGAAAGAACAAAAACAACACUAUUCUAAUGGUCGCUAUCUCCUUCAUCAUCCUAUCAGUUUUGAAACAGAUCUUUGGCAAGCUCCAAGACAGAAACAAGGCUAUUGCUAAGAUGAGAAUGAAACAAAAGAGAGAUUAAUAUUAUUCAAUUGCCACUA